AUGAGUGGUCGUCUUUUGGAUCUCUUCAAACCUUUUGAAGCAUUCUUACCUGAGGUCAUUGCACCAGAGAGAAAGGUGCCAUAUAAUCAGAAAUUGAUUUGGACUGCGGUAUGUCUUUUGAUUUUUUUGGUUCUUGGCCAAAUUCCUCUCUAUGGGAUCGUUUCUAGUGAAAGUAGCGAUCCCUUAUACUGGUUACGUGCCAUGUUAGCCUCUAAUAGGGGUACGCUGAUGGAAUUAGGUGUUUCGCCGAUUAUUACCUCCUCUAUGAUCUUCCAGUUUUUACAGGGUACUCAAUUGCUCCAAGUGAAUUUGGAAAGCAAGCAAGAUCGCGAGUUAUUUCAGAUUGCUCAAAAGGUUUGUGCUAUAAUAUUGACUUUAGGUCAGGCAAUUGUGGUUGUAUUAACUGGUAACUAUGGUAGGGUUUCAGAUUUGGGUAUUGCGAUAUCAUUUCUACUAAUCUUACAAUUGGUCUUUGCAUCAUUCAUUGUGUUGCUACUAGAUGAGUUACUGAUAAAGGGAUAUGGUUUGGGAUCCGGUAUUUCGUUGUUCACUGCAACAAACAUCGCGGAACAAAUCUUUUGGAAAGCCUUUGCUCCUACUACCGUUAAUUUUGGUCGUGGCAAGGAGUUUGAAGGCGCUGUAAUUGCUUUGUUCCAUUUGUUGAGUGUAAGAAAGGACAAGAAGAGAGCACUGGUAGAGGCUUUUUACAGAGAAAGUUUACCUAACAUGUUUCAAGUGUUCUCAACUGUUGGUGUUUUCUUGUUUGUUUUGUAUCUGCAAGGGUUCCGUUACGAAUUGCCAAUUAGAUCUACUAGAACUAGGGGACAAAUUGGCGCUUACCCAAUUAAGCUGUUUUACACCUCGAAUACUCCAAUCAUGUUGCAGUCAGCGUUGACCUCUAACAUAUUCUUGACGUCCCAGCUAUUGUACCAAAAAUUUCCUAACAACCCUAUAGUAAGAAUGAUUGGUAUUUGGGGUACCAGACCAGGGUCACAAUAUAGUCAGCAAGCCGCUUUAUCGGGUUUAUCUUACUAUAUCCAGCCACCAUAUUCCUUCACCGAGGCUCUAUUGGACCCUUCAAAGACUGUAAUAUAUGUUGCAUUUGUUCUAGGUGCUUGCGCUAUGUUCUCAAGAACAUGGAUUGACGUCUCCGGCACCUCUCCACGUGAUGUGUCUAAACAAUUCAAAGAACAAGGGCUUGUUAUUAACGGUAAGAGAGAAACUAGCGUUUACAAGGAAUUGAAGAAGGUUAUUCCAAUUGCAGCUGCUUUCGGAGGUGCUACUAUUGGCGCGUUAUCCGUCGGUUCUGACUUACUGGGUACCUUGGGUUCUGGUACUUCCAUCUUAAUGGCUACUACUACUAUUUAUGGAUACUACGAAGCGGCUGCGAAAGAAGGGGGUUUCGCAAAGAAUUUGGUUGCUGGGUUCUCUGAAUGA